AUGCUGUGGUAUGGUCGUUGUGAAGCAGAUGUGGAGGAUGUGUCGUCAGUGCGAACGGAAGGAGAUCGUGGUGGUGUAGAGGAUUGUCUUCGUAAUGGCGGUCGACCAGGGCGACGUGUGGUUCCGCGGCGUGGAUUGGACGUGGAUGGGAUGUUGAGGGCGUCAGAGGAUGGAAUUUCGCCGAUUGGAGGUGUGUGGUGUGAUACGCCAGAGGUGCGUGUGAUGGAAUUGGAGGAUAAUGGUCCGUGGCGUGGCAUGGUGCUGGAUGUUUCACAAAUCAAGCACGAAAAUGAAGUUCUCGCAGCCGGCGUUCGAGAUGAAGUGAAGUUUCUUCCGCGGAUUUCAUCUUGGCUUCAGGAAGAAGGAUCCGGUUUUUGGAAGACUUGUUUGGAGUGUUGGCUAGGUGUGUUUUUAGAUAUUCGAUUUCGGUGUUCGUGGCUUGUUGUGUGGCAAAGGUGUGUGGGUUCUAUCGGGCGACCUCUAGGGGUCCCUGAU